CUGUUCUCCAAGUUAUUGUCACCAUGCACGCCUCUCUCAUCCGCCGCCAGCUCGGUGGGAUCGUUCCACCUAAAAUUGCCAGCAAGAAUCUCGUCUCUGGGGGAUCUGGUGAAGGCCUCGGCCCUCUCGUCAACUUCUACUCCAAACUCCCCAAAGGUUCUGCCCAAGCACGCGUAGGAGGAAUUAAGAACCGAUACUUUAACGGAAACAAUGCGAGCGGGGCGCCUUUAGCCUGGCUCAUAGUUGGUUUGUUUGCGAUUGGGUAUACAAUCGACUACAACAUGCACUUGAAGCAUCACAAGAACCACGCUCAUUAAGCGUAGAUUGGUGGCGGUGGACGCAUGUAUUCUUACUAGAGGCAAACAACUAUCAUCCUUUCUUCUCCUUGUCAUUCGUGAACUUUGAAGCAACAAGGAACUUGGACUCGGAACACAGAGUCGAGGAUGGUGCCAAAAUCGAAGUUGAAUCCGUGUACCAAUUAGUUCGGGACGGAAUCGUUGAAGAGUGGCUGCCUUCUCUUAAACCGCAUAAAUUCUAUUGAUAUUCUAUCCAUAUACUAGGUCUCUCUGUGCUAGUGAUGCAAGGAAAAUCUAGAUCAUAAUCCAGUUCUGCGGUCGGGGCUGUGUCCACCCUGACUCCCUUUGGCAAGCUCACGCCACAGAAUCGAACAUAUUACAAUAGUAUGGGUUUUUGGAGCGGACUUUUGCAACGAAUGGUAUUCAACUGGGGUGGUGUGAAGAAUUACGAAAGUUUCAAAGUUUUCAACGUUCCGGCCAUCGACCAAUACGAUCCUUCCGUACAGCGUUGACCUCAUGAUAAGC